AUGGAUCUGGGCUGCCCUCGUCAACAAAAUAAGAUGGAGGAGAAUCCCAGAUCUCUUAACCUUGACAAAUACAGAAUUUCAUUUAAAUCAUACACUUCGGAAUAUCAGAACCAGCCCUCGGGUUCAACUUCAAUUGGAGCCAUUGCUUCAUCUACAGUUGGACUGUCAGAGAAUGAACCACAGCCAGGCAAUGAUAGUUUGAGAAAACUGUUGAAGGAAAAAGCCCCAAAUCUCCUCUUGGAGUUCGAAUCAUCAGGCAGUCUUUCCAUCACGUCACGAAAACUGCUUGUUAAAGUAUCUGUGAGCCAUCUCGUGGAACAGAAGGGAUUCUAUCCCUCAAAGGAUGACAAAAUACUUCUGGCUAGAAGUAUAGUAAGUCUUUCCCUCGCUAAAGAUAAACUACCAGGAAAAAAAAUGAAGGAUUUGAGCAUUUCUUUGACCCAGUUUCCCAUUGCAUGCCUGAUUCUGAAGAAACCAGUGAGUCGCGUUCCUUUCAAGCGCUCCAGAGUCUGA